GCGGUGAUGAAAGUCCCGAGAUGCGCAGGUGAACCUCCCGAGGGCGGCGGCGUUUAACUCUUUCUUCCUCCCUCGACGGCCGCUCUUAUCAGAUGGCCAACCCCUCGUUUCGUAACCCUGGGCGAACCAGUCGCCCUUCCCGCGCCGGGGCGGCGCCGAAGCGGGUUAUAAGGCGCGAACUUCGCCGCAGCUCCUCCACCCAACCGGCCCCGCGCGUUUCCGGCUCCCACCGCCAUCCGCAGCAGCCGUCUGGCCGGCCGGGGCGCAGCUUUCGUUCGACGGAGCGGGACGAGGCGCAAAGAUCCGCCGUCGAGCCGGGACCAUGGCCGGGCGCUGCCUCCGCCUGGCGCUUCUCCUCCUGCUGCCGCUCCUCGACGCCAAGGCCGGGCAGAGUUGCUACAAGCCGAGGAUUUCCAGGCCCUACGCCGUCCGAACCUACCCUCGUCCUUAUGAAUAUCUGGACACCUCAAAACUGCCCAAGAGCUGGGACUGGAGGAAUAUAAAAGGAGUCAACUAUGUGAGUGCCACACGCAACCAGCACAUCCCACAGUAUUGCGGAUCCUGCUGGGCUCAUGGCAGCACCAGCGCUUUAGCAGAUCGCAUCAAUAUCAAGAGGAAAGGCAUUUGGCCUUCUGCCUAUCUCUCAGUCCAGAAUGUGAUUGAUUGUGCCGACGCUGGUGGCUGCAGCGGAGGGGAUGACUUGCAGGUCUGGAGUUAUGCUCAUGAGCACGGCAUCCCCGACGAGACCUGCAACAACUACCAAGCUAAAGACCAAGACUGUGAUACGUUUAACCAGUGUGGAACGUGUGAUACUUUUGGAAAAUGUCAUAUGAUAAAGAACUACACCCGCUGGAAAGUAGCUGAUCAUGGUACUGUUAGUGGACGGGAAAAAAUGAUGGCGGAAAUCUAUGCAAGUGGUCCUAUCAGCUGUGGGAUCAUGGCUAGCCCAAAGCUGCACAAUUACACUGGAGGACUGUAUGCUGAAUAUCGUCUGCUGCCGUCUAUAAACCAUGUCGUUUCUGUCGCUGGCUGGGGUAUCGAGAACGGAACUGAGUAUUGGGUUGUCCGGAACUCUUGGGGCGAGCCAUGGGGCGAGAAGGGCUGGCUUAGAAUCGUAACAAGUGCAUACAAAGGGGGAAAAGGAGCAUUCUACAACCUUGGCGUUGAAGAACAAUGUGCUUACGGAGACCCAGUUCUUCCUUAACUCUGCUGGAGGAGGAUCUGGAAACACCUGGUCAGAAGGCGCGGACUGUCCCAGCCCACUGCUUCGCUAAGGGAUGAGUUAAUACUCUGCAGCGUCCAUUAAUCAUGGAACGGUGAACCUUUAUUCUUUCUUGAACUAAACCUUUCUCUUAAAAGAAUUCCAUGCUGUUUAUGAAAUGACCCAAAGAAUGACAUGCACUGAUUGCACUGAGAGAAGCAAAGCAAACAGCUUUUAUUACUUUUGCAUAUGGAAAUUAGUUAAUUUUUAUCGUAAUUAUUUUAUAGCUUUCUGCGGAGGGAGAGACUUAUUUGUUUUUGAAAAAAUGUUAAUACUGGGGAGCAGAGCUCUUAAAUAACUUGAAAUUAAAUUCCGUAUGAAAUUAUGCAGGUCGUAAAUUUCUCACUGUAUAGGCAUAGUGGAGAGAUGAUUUGAGUCAGAAAAGCUUGGAAACGUGAGUGCCUCCUUGCUUUCUAUAGGGCUAAUUUUUCUUGCCGAAAGUCUUAAAGAGCUGUUCAGUAAGAAUGAUGGCAAUACAGAACCAGCUGUUAUGUGACAAGCUAUUGAUGGUCCUCCUUUCAGUCUUGCCCCAAAGUGGGCAACACGUUAUCUUCCAAUAGGUUGUUGGGUCUGCACCCCCCCCAAUAAUCCCAGAUCAUUCAGGCUGAUGAAAAUUAUGGUCCCCCAUCCCUGGUCAAGCUCAGGAUUUGCACUCAUCCAUCUACAAGCUGCUGAACUGGCUGGUAAGCAUUAAGGAGCAGCUUCCUAGCAGUAUCAGCUCAUAUUUUGAACACAUGGCAUCCUUGUUAUUACCCCACACUAACCUAUCUCCUCUCCCCUGGAGCUGGGUGCGGCUUUUAAGGCUGCUUAGUGCAGGGUCACAGCUUCUUAUCUUGCCUUCUGCAGUCUCCAUUCUCUUUCUCAUAAGUUGCAGAUCAGAUCAGAAUCCACUAGUUGACUAUGGAGGGUUGUGCUAAAACUAGCAGCAGCAGCAGGCCAGCACUCCUUGUGAGAUUACAGCUGAGCAUUGCCUCCACCCCAUCGUCCUGUUCCCCUAGGCUUCUGGCACCCACUGUUUCAAGUAAGGGUAAAACAGCUGCUGCAAGCUAUUUGUGCACAAGCUCCCCAGGGUGUCAGGGGAAGGCAGGCUGUGUGAUUUUGUUAACCUAUGACCAAGCUCAGCAACGGCACCAGCCAAUCACAGCCUGUUUUUGCUCCAUAUUGGGAUCGGCACAAACAAGGGUUGCCAAGUACCUUGUAAGCUAGAAUUCACAACUAAUGCAGGCUGAGUUUGGUGGCUCAUAAGCUCAACAGCCUUGAGCUUUGGGUAUUCAGAUCCUUUCUGGAUUGUAGCACACAACCUGUGAAGGAGAUUUGUCUAGUUCAGUAGCUAAG